UCUAGAAACAUCUGCUUGGGUUGGCUCAAAAUUCAAAAACGAAAGAAACCGUUGGAGAGAAGAGAGAAGUAUUAUUAUCUGGGAGUGAUAAAGGAGGAAUAGGGAGAGCGAAAUUUGAAAAAAGCAGAAGAGCGGGCGAGUGAAAUGAGUUCGAAAGAAAGCUGCAGAAGCGAACUUCGCAUCGCAAUUCGACAACUGAGCGAUCGUGGUCUCAAUUCCGCUUCCAAAUGGGCAUCGGAACAAUUGGUAGGGAUCGAGCAAGAUCCAUCCAAGUUCACCCCUUCCAAUACCAGGUUUCAGCGUGGAAGCUCAAGUAUUCGCCGCAAGUACAGAACUCAUGAGGUCACCGCUACCCCCCCUGCCGGUGUUUCCUAUGUUGUUACGCCUGUUAUGGAGGAGGAUGCCCUUGUUGACACUGAUUUUUACCUUUUGGCUAAAUCUUACUUCGAUUGCCGUGAGUAUAAGAGGGCUGCUCAUGUUCUUCGUGAUCAAAUCGGACGCAAAUCCCUCUUCUUAAGAUGCUAUGCUCUCUAUCUGGCAGGAGAAAAGCGAAAAGAGGAAGAGAUGAUAGAACUUGAAGGACCUCUGGGUAAGAGUAAUGCCGGGAAUCCUGAAUUAGUUUCUUUAGAGAAGGAGUUAUCUGCACUUCGCAAGAAUGGCACAAUUGAUCCCUUUUGUUUGUACUUAUAUGGUAUUAUACUGAAACAGAAAGGCAACGAAAAUUUGGCACGGACAGUUCUUGUGGAAUCUGUAAAUAGCUACCCUUGGAACUGGAAUGCCUGGACUGAGCUGCAAUCCUUAUGCAAUUCAGUUGAUACCUUGAAUAGUCUUAAUCUUAAUAGUCAUUGGAUGAAGGAAUUUUUUCUUGCCGGUGUAUACCAAGAGUUAAGGAUGCAUAGUGAGUCUCUGUUAAAAUAUGAAUACCUACUCGGAACUUUUGGUUUUAGUAAUUACAUCCAAGCCCAAAUUGCUAAAGUCCAGUACAGUUUGAAAGAAUUUGAUCAAGUUGAAGCUAUAUUUGAAGAACUGCUGAGGAAUGAUCCUUACAGAGUGGAAGACAUGGAUAUGUACUCCAAUGUGUUAUAUUCUAAGGAAUGCUUUUCUGCUUUGAGUUACCUUGCCCAUAGAGUAUUCCUGACUGAUAAGUACAGACCCGAAUCUUGUUGUAUUAUUGGGAAUUAUUACAGUUUAAAGGGGCAACAUGAAAAAGCAGUUGUAUAUUUUAAGAGAGCCCUUAAACUGAACAAAAAUUAUCUCUCUGCUUGGACACUUAUGGGUCAUGAGUUUGUAGAGAUGAAAAACACUCCUGCCGCUGUGGAUGCCUAUCGUCGAGCUGUUGAUAUAGACCCGUGUGAUUAUCGUGCUUGGUAUGGACUAGGACAAGCUUAUGAAAUGAUGGGUAUGCCUUUUUAUGCGCUUCAUUACUUCAAAAAAUCAGUUUUCUUGCAGCCAACAGAUUCUCGAUUGUGGAUUGCUAUGGCUCAAUGCUAUGAAACUGACCAGCUCCGCAUGCUUGAUGACGCAAUAAAGUGUUAUAAAAGGGCAUCGGAAUGUAAUGACAGAGAAGCAAUUGCUUUGCACCAACUAGCAAAGCUGCAUUCAGAGCUGGAACGCCCAGAAGAGGCAGCAUAUUACUAUAAAAAGGAUUUAGAGAGGAUGGAAGAUGAAGAGCGUGAUGGACCUAACAUGGUUGAGGCUUUGCUCUAUCUUGCAAGUUAUUAUAAAAUGCAGAAAAGAUUUAAAGAGGCAGAGGUUUAUUGUACUCGUCUUCUUGAUUAUACUGGCCCGGAGAAGGAGACAGCAAAAAAUUUACUCAGAGUAAUGCGAUCCUCACAAUCUAGUUUCCCUUCAUCGGAUGUUGAGCACUUUCCUCCGUAAUGUCUUUUGAUUAAGUACUGGUGUUCUGUGCCACAUUUUUCAAUUUUGGUUUAGAUUCAUUCUCAUACUUGGUGCUGCAUCAGAAUUCAGAACUAAUGACAAACAUGAAAAUGAUAAGAAUCAUUCUCAUACUUUAAUGCAUGCUGCUAUAGUAGGUAAGUAUCAUAGCUCA